AACAUCAGCAGAGAAAGCAGAAAGACUUGAGGUGUUCAAAAUGUCAAUCGCCCAGGCAGCGGCCAAGGCCAUGCUAUCUGAUGCCCUGCUGCGGGAUGACUCUGGGAUACACCGUAUCAGCCACCUGGAACUGGAGCUUCCUCUUGACAAGGUCAUCAAGUUUGUGUCUGUGGGCCUUCCGCUGAUGCUGGUGUGCAUGGCAUUUGCCCGUGAAAUCUCCCUGGGGCCUCAGAUCAGCUGUUUUCCUCCCAGUAACUUCACUGUGAAGCAGGCCAGCUAUGUAGACACAUACUGCUGGGACUCUCUCAUGCAUCAUGAGUUUGACAGUGAUGGGAACUUCGAGGAGCGCUCCCUCUGGGUACACAAAAUGUUCCCUUACUCUCUUCUGGCCAUGGCCGUGCUGAUGUACCUCCCAGCUCUAAUCUGGCGCCAGCUUGUCAUGCCCACACUGGGAUCAGACCUGCUCUUCAUAAUUGAUGAACUGGACAAGUCCUACAACCGCUCAGUGCGAAUGGCCCAAAACAUUCUGGAUAUGCGCCAGAACACUAAGAACCCACUGACGUUUCAGGCUGAGUUGCAGCGGGCAAAAAAGAAGCGGUACUUUGAGUACCCCCUUCUGGAGAGACACAUGCAGUGCAAACAAAACUCGUACUUUCUUGUUAGCAUGCUUUUCUUGCGGGGCUUCCUCCUCCUGAUCUUCAUGACUGCUGCCUGCCUGUACCUGGCCUACUUCCAUCUGUCUGCCUUCCUGCAAGAUGAGUUUAGCUGCUUCGUACGCACAGGGAUGCUGCGAGAUCAGAACUGGAUCCCUGAAUUGGUUCAGUGUAAAAUGAUUGGCCAGUUAGUCUUUCAGGUGAUAAGUGUUGCUAAUGGUGCCAUCUACAUCCUAUUGGCACCUAUCGUCCUCUUCAGCCUCCUUCGACUCUUUGUUUGGGAUACCACCUUCAUUUCUAUCUAUGAGGUCCUCCCAGCGCUGGACCUCAUCAACAGACGACGGCUAGGUUGCCCACUGAACGACCUCAAUGUCCUCUUGCUCUUCUUACGUGCCAAUAUAGCUCACUUGAAGUCCUAUGGGCAGGUGAGGGCUUUGUGUUCUCUGGCACCCCCACAGGUGGGAAACACCACAGCACAACAAGGUUUACAUGCAAUGCUGACCCAAGAGGAAAUAGAGGAGCGUGAAGAGGCAGCAAAGGAGCUUGCUGAGGAAGUUGGGGAGGCCAGGGAGGAAGGGAAACUCAACUUAGUGGACAUCAUGACUAUUCUGGGAGCAGCACAGGGAAGAGUGGUGAACUGCAAUGAGAAGAGGCCUCUGGUGGAGGAGAACAUGAGUCUCGAGCCAAACCACCAGGGGUACCAUGAGUUGAAGGAGACUGCACCAUUUAGUCAUUACUAGGCCUCCUAUGGACUUAAUCAAUAUGAUAACAUGGGGGAAUAAGAAAGGGAAGGGGUGGGCUGAAAACAAAACAAAACAAAAACAUUUUUUGAGUUAUAAUGCAAAAAGUUCUGGCUGUAAAUGUCAAUGGAGCAGGAUUUGUCAGUUUUCUACAAUAUCUGCCACUGAAUUUCUUUGUGUCUCUCAGUAUAGGCGACUAAAUUACAAAAGGACAGUGUGCAAGAGAACACUUUUUGACAACAUGACAUUUGUCAGAAAUCAGAAUUCCAUAAAUAUACAGUCCAUACAGUACGCUACUGUACACUCCUGAUUCCCAUCAAGACACAAAAGAACAUAUUCAGUGGCAGCUAUGGGUGCUAUUCAUUUUCCACAACUUCCAUUGCAUAAUUUUAUAC